UCCAGAUGCUCAAUCAUGCAUGUCAACUCUCACCACACACACUCGUCGAGAAACCCUUGACUUGAGUAUCUUCACAAAACUCGGUUCAACCCACGAAGAACCGUCACCUGACUCUCCAAACUCUCUUUUCGAUGAAGACAUCCCUUCAGCUGUCGGACCGCCCGUGAGCACGACCGCAGCUCCCUUCAUCCCCGGGCUCGUCCUGAGUCCGACACACCUCAUUCCAGAAGCGCUGGCGAAUGAGGUCGUUCAUUUCUGUUUGGAGAGUUACUUCCAACGUGAAGGUGUGAACCAGAUCAUGCUCUUUGGCACAUCGGCAUCGGCAACUGGGUUCCCUCCGUUGCUUACAACUCUGCUUGCGACAAUGGCAUCUCUUCUCGCCCCGACACUUUCAGAGGAGACUCACCAGCUCUUGUUUCCGCACUCGCCAUCACUGACUCGUCAGGCGAUACUCAACUUGUAUCACCCUGGUGAAGGUAUCACACCACAUGUCGAUCUGCUGAGGAGAUUCGGAGAUGGAAUCGUUGGGGCUAGCUUUGGGAGUGGAUCCGUCAUGCGAUUUGCGGCUGCUGCUGAGGGCACUGGCUACACCGACACUGUGGAGGAUGAUUCGGUGCAGCCUGUCCAUCUGUACCUCCCCGAGAGAAGUAUGCUUGUCCUCACAGGAGAGGCGAGAUAUCGCUGGACACAUGGAAUCGAACGACGGACGGCUGAUCUCGUUGAUGGAGUUCGCAGAGAACGGGGAACCAGAUUGAGCAUCACAUUUCGGUGGAUGUUGCCCAAUGCAGACGUUGUAGGAGACGCGUAGAUACGUCCUAACUCCGUACCCAUGCUCCAGGAGGUUGCAAAGAUAACCAUUCGUUCGGUCUCAGUCCGGCGUAAGCCUCGUUGCGCGGCUUACUUAUAUGCCCAAGCGUGACAUCACGCCAGAUUCACACACGUUUCUCUCUCUCCUCUUGCAUCCAUGUCGAUAAUCUACCGGCAAUACACUGGUGAAGCAGACCUCCCGCAUAUUAUGGAACUCGUCCAGUCUGAGCUCAGCGAGCCCUACGUUAUCUACACUUUCCGAUAUUUCCUACACCAAUGGCCACAUCUCUCGUUCCUUGCAAGUCUGCUCUGUGAAUACCAAGUCGCGCGCUUAUGCCUCUGCUAGGCUUAUCCAGGUGACGCGCCGACGUCGCGCCCCAUUGGCGUGAUCGUCUGCAAGCAGAGUCUACAUCGAGACCGAGCAAAUCGGGGAUAUAUUGCGAUGCUUAGUGUGAGCAAGAAUUGGCGAAAGCGCGGCAUAGAUAUGGAAUUACCACCUUUUGGUGCGAUUUCUUUUCUUUUUCUUUCCUCUAGCUAGCACCCUCGUUAAGAAUUCGCUCGAUGCCAUGAAGGAGGAUGGGGUUGAGGAGGUGUGUGUUACCUCAGCUGUUGAGGGAUCCCCGGACUGACUGUCGCGAGCUAGAUAGUCCUCGAGACCGAGUACGACAACAGUGCGGCGCUGUCGUUGUAUGAAAGCCUGGGGUUCAUCCGAGAGAAGCGUCUUUACCGUUUCUAUCUCAACGGGAAAGACGCAUUUCGCUUGAUCCUGACAGUGCCAAGCUCGGACUCGGACCAAAGCUCCGAUUCAAGUGGGUCCUCACCGGAGACUACGUCUUCUAUGGCGAGCAUCCGUCGUGGGCUCUACCGUGCUAUCAGGGUGUCAGACCCAGAUGAGAGCGAUGACGAAGACUCGCGGUCCAGCCGUUGACGAGAGAUCAUCCUUGGCCAGAACACCUUCCUUUGAUACUGUGAUUGUAUUCUCCGGUAUACUGUAUCGUAUUAGUUUGUACUGCCUUGUGUUUUUUUUGGUACCAUGUUAUAAGUAUCAUCCCCACUCAAUUUCAGCUGUUGCAGCUUUCGUGGCCGA